AUGCAAAACGGCUGUCAAAUGUAUUACAAUUUUGUAUUAACAAUUUGCAAGUCGCUCGGUUUAUAUUAUACCGAUUUAAAUAUGUUUAAACGUGUUUAUUUGGCAUUUCUGCUACUUGCUACAAUUGGUUUGAUGGUUAGAGAUGUGCUUUACUUUUACUCGCGCCCUACGAAAAUAGCUCAAUCUGCAGCAUACAGCUUGUACUACAUGGGAGAGCUUAUGUCCUGUUUUGCAGUGCUAUCUGGUUUGAUUGUUGCAUUAUUUUACAGAUGCCAGCUAAUUGAAUUGCAUCAAAUAGUAGACGAAUGGAACAGAAAAUUUGUUACACAACGCAUGGAUAUACUGGAUUACAGUAAAUUUGCUGCCGUGCACGUCUUUGAGACCCUUCUUACAUUACACUAUUGCACUGAUACUUUAAAUUAUAUUGAUCUAGGACUCGUGCAAAUAAUACUCACCUCUUUUGUUUGGUUUCUGACCCUGGAAAUAUAUUUUGUCAAUUUAUUAAUGUACCUGAAAAUUCUGUCUAUUUUACGAUUGGCGACAUCAAAUAUCAAAACUAAUAUUAUGGAGUUCUGUAAUUUAAUAUCAAAAUAUAAUUUAAUCAAACAGGAACAACCAUUUUCAGUAGAAAUCAAUAAAUGUUCUAAAGAAUGGCAUUCGAUCAUAAAGGCAAUACAUUUAUUAAAUCAAACUUACGGUUUGACAAUGGUUCCUAUUUCACUUUCUAUACUAUUUAGAGUGGUUAAAGAUCUACUGGAGGAGUAUAUUUUUAGUUUAACAGCUGCCCGAAUAUAUUCCCAAAUAGCGCUGGGUAAUGCGCUAUUUACCCUCUUAUUAUUGAUUUUUUCGAUUUCCAUAAUAUCUUCGUGCGCGAAAUUGACGACGGAAUUGAAAAAUGUAGCGCUGGCGAGUUUCGAGAUGUUCCAAAAAUUGCCCUUCGAGACUCAUUAUGCCGAACACGAUUCUAUCUAUCAGGAUAUAAUCGUAUUUGAAAGAUUCGUGCACAAAUCCGUAAUUUUGACGGCUGGAGGAUAUUUCGUCAUCGAUUCCUCGUUAGCUUUCAAAAUGCUGGGGACUAUAAUUUCGUAUUUAAUCAUCUGCUUGGGUUUCGAUAAGGAGUUGAUACAAAGAUUUAUGUCCAACAAAAUCAGUAUUGAC